AUGAAAAGUCAACCGGAGCUGGUGUUCAGUCAUGACGAUUUUGAACAUGAGCAGUGUAUGAAGCUGCACGCGCUGGGUGGGAUGAUCUUGUUGGCAUAUUGCUACAGGCCGGGGCUCCACCUUCUCCAAAAGACAAAGACAAGAAGGCACCGAUACACUACGCUCCACAACACCAACAUCAUCUCACUGCUCUCAAAGGAGAACAGUGUAAAUGGAUCCCUUCCAGAGCGGUCAGGGUCUUGCGACCCUCCAAGCGGGACUGAAAGAGUAUUUGUGGGUGGGGACAAGGGUGAUCCCUUAGCACUUCAAGAAGCGUUUUGUGACGCUACAGAGGCUGGAAAACUGGAUGACAUCCGAGAAUUCCCCAAAGGUGAUGCCAAUUUAGCAAAUUCAAGGAAGCACGGGGAAUCGGCAAUGGUUUCUGCUAUCCACGGGGGACACGAAAAGAUUCGUAGAAUGCUGUUGGACGCCAAGGCGUGCUCUUCUUAUCCAGACCAGCCAGACUCGUCACCAAGCGACCAAAUCCCUCUGCGCCAGGCUAUUAGGUGUUCGAACAACAACAUGGUCGCCAUAUUGCUGAAUUCUGGUGCUAAUGUUGAAACUCGCGACGAUCUCAGUCCAUCUCUGCUUGUGACUAUCUGGGAACUACUGUUCCGCACGAAGGAAGCCGCCCGCAGGGGCGCUGUUCAGCACGCUUCGCUCUUCAUUGAUCAAGGCAUAGAGCUGACCGGAUUCAACGAAGAAGGGUUAACACCUUUACAUCUUGCUGCUCGACACGGUCGUUGCAGAAUAGUGAAUGAUCUGCUCGAGAAGGGUGCUGAAAUCAACAUCUCAUCUGAUCACAAGACAAGCUUGAUGGUAGCAGCGGAUGUGGGCCAUCGUCAACUCGCGCACUUGCUACUGACAUUCGGUGCAGAGGUAAACGUCCUAGACAGAGAGUCAAAACCGCCGCUUCUGCUAGCAGCCGCUGUUGGUCACGCUCGGCUGGUGCGACUACUGCUAGAGCAUGGUGCAGAUGUGAAUGCCUUGGACAAUGAAUCAAAAUCAGCCCCGAUGCUAGCAGUAGACGCUGAAAAUACCGCGGGUGUACACUUACUCUUUGAGCAUGGAGCAGGUCUCCAGACCUUGAAGCGGGAACCAAAAACCUCGAGUGGGAAGGCAACGGCGACUAGCAGAAGGCUAAUCCGGCAGCUAUUUCAGGACUAUGGUGUAGAAGCGGACGCAGUCAUGAAGAACUAG